AUGUCUGCCACAAAUGAACCUUUCUAUCUCCGGUACUACUCUGGCCAUAUGGGUCGCUUCGGCCAUGAAUUCCUCGAAUUCGACUUCCGCGUCGUUGGUGACGGCCGCAGCGCCGUGGCGCGAUACGCGAACAAUUCGAAUUACCGAAACGAUAGUUUGAUUCGAAAAGAGAUGUGCGUCAGCUCUGUGGUGGUAGACGAGAUCAAGCGCAUCAUCAAGGCAAGCGAAAUCACAAAGGAAGACGACUCCAAGUGGCCACAAAAGAACAAGGACGGCCGGCAAGAGCUGGAGAUUCGGGUUGGGAAUGAUCACAUUUCCUUCGAGACCGCCAAGAUUGGCUCGUUGGUCGAUGUGACGGAGUCGGCCGACCCAGAAGGCCUACGAGUUUUCUACUACCUUGUCCAGGAUCUCAAGGCGCUGGUGUUUAGCCUGAUCGCACUUCACUUCAAGAUCAAGCCCAUCUAA